GGACAUCGUGCUGGCAUCACACCUGAAGCCCCUGGAGAAAAAGGACAAGCUGGGUGAGAGGAGGAGCGUGCUGUGGAACCCCUGUGCAGUCCCUGCCAGGGCCCUGCCAGCCGGUGACGUGGAGAUACCCCAGGAGCUGGAUCAACUGCCCAGAACCUCUGCUGAGUUUUACAGAGCUUGGCGCAGGUGCCUAAAAAGCGGAAAGGAAAAAUACCAGUUUUUGCUGGAUCUCGGAGGGGAGGCCUUGGGCAGGAUCUUCCAGGCUGACGUGGGCUUUGGCCUCCUGGGCGAAUUCCUGACGGUGCUGGCGGAGAACAUCCGCCGUGAGGACAGAGAUGCUGUCCUGCAGAUCCUGGGGAGCGUGGCGGGCACCGAGCGCUUCGGGCUGAACGUGGCUCUGCUGAGCGGGCCGGAGCGGGAGAGCAGCAGGGCCUUGCUGGGGAAGCUGCACAGCCUGAGCGGGGGCUGUGGGGCCACGGGCUGUGGGGCAGAGCGGGGAGCCCGCCUCGGGGACACCCCCUUGCAAGAGGAGACGGCGGAGGGGAGGCUGGUGGUGGAGCUGAUGAGGUGUUACCAGGCUGAUUGA